UUUUCAGCAGUGCAGUAUUUAAACCUCAAGUCUUGAGUCUCCCAUCCCCGCUCUCUGGUCCGUCACUUUUGUCUAUCCUCUUUCACUCCUUGACACUCAUCCUUGCUGCAAAAAUGGCCACUGCUGGUAAGGUGAUCAAAUGCAAGGCAGCAGUAGCCUGGGAGCCCAACAAACCUCUGGUGAUGGAGGAGAUUGAGGUAGCGCCCCCACAGGCCAAUGAGGUCCGGAUCAAGGUUGUGGCGACAGGCGUGUGCCACACCGACCUGUACCAUCUUUUUGAGGGCAUGCACAAAGAUGGUUUCCCAGCAGUCCUUGGCCACGAGGGAGCUGGUAUCGUAGAGAGCGUCGGGCCUGGAGUCACUGAAUUUCAACCAGGAGAUAAGGUGAUUCCUCUGUUCAUCUCUCAGUGUAAAGAAUGUCGAUUCUGCAAGAGUCCCAAAACCAACCAGUGUGAGAAAGGAUGGGCUGCUGACCGCCAUGAUGUGAUGUCAGAUAAAGACACCAGAUUUACCUGCAAAGGGAAGAAGAUUCUGCAGUUUAUGGGAACCAGCACCUUCUCUGAGUACACUGUGGUUAACCAAAUGGCUGUGGCUAAGAUCGACCCUGCAGCUCCUCUGGAUAAAGUGUGUCUCCUCGGCUGUGGCGUCUGCACAGGAUAUGGAGCAGCAGUUAACACUGCCAAGGUGGAGGAGGGCUCCACAUGCGCUGUGUUCGGCCUGGGAGCUGUUGGUUUGGCCGCCGUCAUGGGCUGUAAGAACGCAGGAGCCAAGAGGAUUAUUGCUGUUGACAUUAAUCCAGACAAGUUUGAGAAGGCCAAGGUGUUUGGAGCAAAUGAAUUUGUGAACCCCAAGGAUCACGACAAACCCAUCAGCCAAGUGUUGUCUGAGAUGACCAAUGGGGGAGUGGACUACUCUCUGGAAUGUGUCGGCAACGUGGGAGUCAUGCGCAGUGCCUUGGAGUCCACCAUAAAAGGCUGGGGGGUCAGCGUGCUCGUUGGAUGGACCGACAUGUAUGACUUUUCUGCUCGACCCAUUCAGCUGAUUGCCGGACGCACAUGGAAAGGCUCUUUGUUCGGAGGCUUUAAGAGUAAAGACGGCGUACCAGAGAUGGUUAAAGACUACCUGAACAAGAAGGUGAAGCUGGAUGAGUUCAUCACUCACAAAAUGGCCUUGAAUCAGGUCAAUGAUGCCAUUGAACUGAUGAAACAUGGGAAAUGUAUCCGGACCGUCCUGAGCGUUUCUUCAGCAUAAAACACAAUAUUCAGUGAAGAGAAGCUGUAAAAGCCGUCACAGUCUUCAUAUACAUUGGACAAAAACAAAAGUUAAAGGUUGAAAAUGUUUAUAAAGCACAAUAAAAAGUCCUCACAGAUGGAAUAA